AUGAUGAUGGGUCGGGGUUUGCCAGAACAAGGGUGGAGGAAGGGUCCUUGGACUCAUGAAGAGGAUAAAUUGCUUAGUGAAUAUGUAAGCUUACAUGGGGAGGGAAGAUGGAGCUCUGUGGCGAGAGCCGCAGGUCUGAACAGGAGUGGCAAGAGCUGCAGGCUAAGGUGGGUGAAUUAUCUCAGGCCUGGUCUCAAGAGGGGCCAAUUAACACCUCAAGAGGAAGGCAUCAUUAUUGAGCUGCAUGGUCUAUGGGGUAACAAGUGGUCAACUAUUGCUAGAUACUUGCCCGGGAGAACAGACAACGAGAUCAAGAACUACUGGAGAACCCAUUUCAAGAAAGAAAAAUCCUCUCAGAAGUAUGAAAAGCGCAAACAGCAACUGAUGAAACAACGAGAACAACAGGAACAGCAACAACUAGAGCAGCACAAGCAGCAGCCGCAAGAACAAGACAUGAUGGAAAAUAUCCUAGCUCUUGCAGAGACCAGCACCCAGAAAAUUACUGAAGCUCAAGCAAGGCAAGAGAUGCAGGCUCUCACGUACCUGACAUCGGAGCACCAUUAUUUGCCUGUAAUGUAUCAAGAUCAUGAUGCAUCCUUGUCGGACACAGCGGGAUCAGACGACGAUGGGCUAUGGGGUGGGCUGUGGAACCUGUAAGAUCAUAAUACUGGUGCAUGGAAUAGACAAGGCUGUGCAUCAAACUAACAAUGGAAGCUGAAGAUACGGGUGAUUAAUUCGAAUAACAUAGCCAUGCAAGAUGGAGCUACGGUUUUCUCUUAGGAGGGAGGGGUGCAUUUUCUGGGAAGGCUAGCUGAGUAAACAUAUAUAAGAGAUUGUUAAUCCGGUCUCUCUGGCAGUCUAAUAUAUUGUAGCUAUAUGAAUAAAAGUCUUUCUUUUUUUUUAGAUAAAUGAAG